GGGUCCGUGAAGGCAGCCUAAUCCAGCCCAGCCGCUGAGUAGCCAUUUUGGUCCCACCUAAAACAGACAGAGCAGCUCCGCGUCGGGCCGCCGGAGAUGGAAGAAACCGAGUCCACGGCGAGUAUUUACACCACCAGAACCGUUUGAACCCCUCCGAGAAACAUCCGACUGGUGACACUCGACGCCAUGGGUCGUUUCUAGACAGAGUUGUGGCCGUUGGAGGGAAAAGAAAAAGCCUGGGGCGAUUUUUUGGAAGUGGCGACCGACAGCGCCUUAUCGUUAGUUGAGUUAGCUUCACGGACCCGGACAGAAACGGACAGACGGACACUGAUUUGGUUCGGCCGUGAACGCGCCAUGUAAAUACUGAACAUAAAGGUUAUUAUUGACCUCGUUGUUAUUUUGAACACAGUUCUUCAGGUGCUCUCUCUCUCUGUCUAACAAACACGUCCGGUCUGCUGCUGCUGCUGCUUUGGGGGGUUUUGAAAAAUUGUCACGAUCCAUGCUGAGACUGUUUCCCCCCCUCCACACCGGCACAGAGCUGCAAAGCAAAGCCAGGCAAUAAGCUCGAUUUUCGGCUUGUCGGACUUGAAGAAGGCGUCGGUUGGGAUUUUUUUUUGGACUGGUGGAAGAAAGAUGUCAACAAAAACUCCUUUACCGACGGUCAACGAGAAGGUGACGGAAAGUCACACGUCUCACAGUAAUGGCCGUCAGGAGAUCAGCACGCGCUCGGGCCGGACCGGCGUGCGAUCCCGCAGCUCCGAGGAGCAGCAGCAGCCGCACGUCGGCAACUACCGGCUGCUGAAAACCAUCGGGAAGGGCAACUUCGCCAAGGUCAAACUGGCCCGACACAUCCUCACCGGCAGAGAGGUGGCAAUUAAGAUAAUAGACAAGACGCAGCUGAACCCAAACAGCCUUCAGAAGCUCUUCAGAGAAGUUAGAAUAAUGAAGAUCUUGAAUCAUCCCAAUAUAGUCAAGCUUUUUGAAGUGAUUGAGACGGAGAGGACGCUCUACCUGGUGAUGGAGUACGCCAGCGGAGGAGAGGUCUUCGACUACCUGGUUGCACAUGGAAGAAUGAAGGAAAAGGAGGCCAGGGCUAAAUUUAGACAGAUCGUAUCUGCGGUGCAGUACUGCCACCAGAAGCACAUUGUUCACAGAGACCUCAAGGCCGAGAACCUGCUCCUCGACGCCGACAUGAACAUCAAGAUCGCGGACUUCGGCUUCAGCAACGAGUUCACUCUGGGCAACAAGCUGGACACGUUCUGCGGAUCUCCGCCGUACGCGGCGCCGGAGCUUUUCCAGGGGAAGAAGUACGACGGGCCGGAGGUGGACGUCUGGAGUCUCGGGGUCAUACUGUACACGCUGGUCAGCGGCUCGCUGCCCUUCGAUGGACAGAACCUCAAGGAGCUGCGGGAGCGUGUCCUCAGAGGGAAAUACCGCAUCCCCUUCUACAUGUCCACAGACUGCGAGAACCUCCUCAAACGCUUCCUGGUGCUCAACCCAGCCAAGCGGGGUACUCUCGAGGUGAGGGAGGACGCAGAAAAUCAAAUCAUGAAGGAUCGAUGGAUCAAUGCAGGAUUUGAAGAGGACGAGCUCAAGCCUUACACUGAACCAGAGCUGGACAUCACGGACCAGAAGAGAAUAGAUGUGAUGGUGGGGAUGGGCUACAACCUGGAGGAGAUCCAGGACUCUCUGGCCAAGAUGAAGUAUGACGAGAUCACAGCCACCUACCUGCUGCUGGGCAGGAAGGCAUCCGAGCUGGAGCCCAGUGAGUCGGCCUCCAGCAGCAACCUGUCUCUGGCCAAACCAAGACCCAACAGCGAGCUCAACGGCCAGUCGCCCUCUCACCUCAAAGUCCAGAGGAGCAUCUCCUCCAACCACAAACAGAGACGCUACAGCGAACAAGUCGGUCAGAACGUCCCUCCGGGGAUGGCUCAUCCAAAGAGGAGUCAGACCACCACGGCGGAGAACAGCGCCAAAGAGGAAGGUGGAGUCCAGCUCCGUAAACCCAGCACCCCGGGGAGCCGCGGGGCUCCGCCCGCCAGCCCUCUGCUGGGCAACGCCAACAACCCCAACAAGGCCGACAUCCCCGACCGCAGGAAAGGCGCCACCACGGGCCCGAGCAAUAACACCGCGUCGGCAGGUAUGACCAGGAGGAACACGUAUGUGUGCAGCGACAGGAACAACACGGACCGCCUCUCCGUCAUUCCCAACGGGAAGGAGAACAGCAGCGUCGCCGUGUCGCCCAGCACCCCGAGGAACCCGGUGGCGUCGAUCCACAGCAUCGCCAACGCCACCACGCCCGACCGCCUGCGUUUCCCGCGAGGCACUGCCAGCCGCAGCACCUUCCACGGCGGCCAGCUGAGGGACCGCCGCACGGCCACGUACAACGGGCCACCGGCCUCGCCAACCCACUCCCACGAUGCCACCCCUCUCUCUCAGACCCGCAGCCGUGGAACCAGCAACCUUUUCUCCAAACUCACCUCCAAACUCACCCGCAGAAACAUGUCAUUCAGGUUUACCAAAAGGGUCAGUAUUGACCCGGCCAAACGGCAGACGGCUAAAUCAGGGCCUGCCAUCCCUUCCACCCAGGGAGGAAAGCCCCUUAGUAAGUCUCUAGUGUCUCUCAGCCUGUCCUUCCUUCCUUCUCAUCAUCCGACCAUCCUUCUUUGGUUUGCUUCUUCUUUGGCCUGUCCUCAUGUCAUCACAUUUUUAAUAUUCUUUCCCUCUCUCUUUCUGAUCAUGUGUCCGUUGAGGAACAGUCGCCGUCUUUUUUCAGAUUCCCGUUUUUUCUUUCAGAUUCAGCAGCAGAAGAUAUAGAGAGUUGUAGGAAGAUGAAGAUCUAGAGUAAGGGGCUGUUUCCCUCAAUCUCUCUUCUGAGACUAGAAGUCGAUAUGUGGAGGGACCCUCACCCUCCGUCCCUCACCCUCCGUCCCCUCACCCUCCGUCCCUCACCCCUCCUCGGUCUCACAGCCUCUCUGACCGACCCGUCCCGUCCUGUCCACUUGUCCUCUUGUUGUCGAGUCUUUGUUUUUUGAGCUGUCAGGGAGUUCGGGAGUCACUUCCUCCUCCACCCGUCCUGUUUUUCUGUUCCCCAGGCUGCAGUGCAUGCUGGGAAACGCGUCCUGUCUGGAGCUCGCCGCUUGUUUUGCUUUUUAAUCUUCUUGUUUUAUUCGUCAGACAUUUUUCCUUUUUGUCCGUAGUGAUUCAGAGUUUCCCGUCUGUCAAACAAAAGCCGUCAUGAGUCAGAAACACAGCGGCGCUGUGCUGGAGAAAAAUGAAUAAAUUCAUUUCUAAUGACCUCGACUGAGAGCGAGCGAGCGAUGGAUAAAACCUUCUCACAGUUUGUGUAAUUUUAUAUCGAGUUUAUGGAAAAAUAACCACAGAAAAUAAACUUGACUUGAUCUCGUUGAUGCAUAAAUUAUAUAAAUCCUUAUUUAUUACAAGCUGCAGCUCCAGUUUCUACACAGGAAACACUUUAAAAGAAGAUUAAAGGCUGGUGACAUUUAUUAAGAGAACACGAUUAUUUCAGAUCUUGAUUUGAAAUUGAGAAGAAGUAAAUCUUAAUUUAAACUCCAGGAUGUGACAGACGUCGGGACAAUAAGUUCACCUGUGAUCGGAUUUGAUGAUUCACCAGGAAAGACUUAAACAGUCAGCUGACGACAUGAUGUCGAGUUUAUUUACAAGCUGUUUCCAUGUGAAUGCAUCAACAAGUUUAAUUUAAUUUUGAGUCACUGAAUGUGCAAGUGUGAAGAUCAGAGAGGUGGAUUCACAAAAAACAAAAAUCAUGUCAGACCUGUUCUUCUGCGUUUACGGAAACAGCUGAUGAAACCAGAGAAACAGACGAGGAAACAAACGUUUCAGGAACUUUCCUCACGAGCUGCCAGUAAAUGAACUGCGUCUAGUUUCUAAUGUUGACAACACUUAACGUCUGUUUCAGCGUCUCCUUUUUGUAGCUUCUUCCCAGCAGAGACGACUGUGGAUGUGAAUCUGUGGUUCGUCCGUCACUCUUCCUCUGCAGCUCCGUCUCCUUUAAGCCAAACACAAACUUCUGCUGAGUCGUCGCCGCUUCAGACAAAUCGUCGUCGUCGUCGUCGGAGUUUAUUUUUAGAGUUUUUCACCCGGCUUCACGUCGCAGCGAGCGUUUCCCUCCUGCAUCAACCCAGAAAAGUCGUCUGUCUCCGUGUGUCCUAGAUUUGUUUGUGGACGAAGCGUUUCCUCUUUUUGAGAUGAAGAAACUUUAUUUAACGAAGAGCAAAGACAGAAGUGAACACGCAGGGAAGCCCAAUUUAACAAAUAUACAGUUAUAAAAGCACUGAUUCAGUUUUCACCUUCUAAUAAUCUGAUCAAAACAAAUGAAGACUAAACACAUUUUCUAUUUCUGGAGCUUUUAGUCACAUCUAAUGAUCUUCCUCUGAGGUGAAGUCUAAAUAAAUAAAACGUCAAUAAUAAACUUUUAAAUGUAACAUUUCUACAUGAUUGUGAAAAUAUUUGCUUUAACUUAUAAAAUAUAGAAUAAAUAGAUGGAUCUUUAAAUGUUUUUGAGUAGUAAUUAAGUGAAGCUGAGCUUGUAGCACCAUCACCUCCUCCGCCUGCCUCCUCUGCAGGCUGUAGUCGAUGUUCCUGAUGUGUUUCUGUGUGUUGAGGUUGUUUUUUCUUUGUGUGUUUUAAACGGCAGGUUUCAGUUCACAGUCUGAACGUCAUCACUGUUUUUAUUUUCUCAUGACUCUUCACUGGAAGUAAAAAACUCUUCCAUCUCUUUGUGUGUUUCUGUUUUGUCGGUGGUGGUUUCACGUCGGUGUCUCACUCUUUCUUCUCCUCACACGUCACGUACUCUUUUUUUUUUUUUUAAUUCACUGGAAAUGAUGAGAUUAUUUUCUGUCGUGCACAAUCCACAUCUUUUUUUGUUUUUCUUCUUUUUUUUCCUCCCUGUCUGAUCUUCUCAUGCG